UUUACCCAGGAAGGUUUUCGAGCUCUGUAGUACGAUUUGAAACACGUGGAAAGUUUUACAGCACCUUGAGACAGAAACGGUUCAUUUUCCUUGAGUUUUGCGAUGGGAUCGAAGUCAAAAUGCUACAAGUGUGGAAAACUGGGACAUUUUGCCAAGGAAUGUAGAUCUUCCUCUGUGAACGGCACUGGUGGAGGGGCGAGUUUUGGAGACAGGAGUUGUUAUACAUGUGGAGAAACAGGACACAUAUCCAAAAACUGCAGCAAAAAGAAUGAUGAAUGCUAUGCCUGUGGGCAGAAGGGGCAUAUGCAGAGAGACUGUCCAGAGAAUACAGAUAAUAGGAAAGACUGUUACAAUUGUGGAAAAACAGGUCACUUUGCCAGAGAUUGUCCAACCUCUGAGAGUAAAAGGGUAGAUCCUGAAACUGGCUGCUACAAUUGUGGUAAAGAGGGCCAUUUUGCACGCGACUGUGGUACAAAAUGCUACCGAUGUGGAAAGACAGGCCAUCUUGCUCGCGACUGUUCCUUGGAACAGUCGGCAACAGUUUGCUAUAAGUGUAAUAAUCAGGGCCAUUUUGCUCGUGAAUGUACAUCUGAAAGCCAGGUCUGUUACAGCUGUGGCAAACAAGGCCACUUGAAGCGGGAUUGCACAGAGAAGGUUCAAAAUGAUGUGAAAUGUUACCGGUGUAAUGAGAUCGGUCACUAUGCUCGGGAUUGCACAAGUUCUGACUAACAGAGCCCGAUCUAAAGUACAAAUUCAGAACUCAACUUUCCCCAUUUAGUUAUUUGAUGCUAGCAGAACAGUAAUACUUAAGUUUAGACUGGUUUGGUCAAGAAACUUUAUAGUCAAGAAUCUGCUCAUCGGUAGCGAUGAUCAGUUUCAUUGUUAUUAGAAAGUUUUUUCACCUUUAUUUAAGUGCUUAGUUAUCUGCUCUCGACAACAUAUAAAGGUGAUCAAUGACACUUGAGAAAUAUGGCAAUAACUGAAAGCUUUAAAGCUGGUAGUUUCCUUCAUUUCUUAUCUACCGUCUGUGUAGUUUUGCAAUGUCUUGUAUGAUAAUUCACUCCAAAUAAUUUUUCAGAAGAGUCACUACUUGUAUGCAAGUUGUGUUUUAAACUUCGAGUGGACUUGUUUCAAUAUGAAUGAAUAAUAAGUGUCCUUUAUAACCCCGUAGAAGGUAUUGAGAACUUUGUGUCAAGCCAGUGAUGUGGAGAAAUUUUUCUCUGAUUAAUUAAAUCAAUUAAGCACUUCGUUAGUUAACCCUCUGACCCAAUAGUGACAAGCAUUUAAUUUCUUCUUACAACUCCACCCAAACAUGAAGGUCACCAAAUUUAGGAAAUGAUCUCCAACUACAGAAGCUCCUGAUUGUUAAAUAAAUUCUCCUUGUCAGCACCUUAGGAAUCGUAUGGAGAACAGUAUGGAGAAUAUACAUACUGAUGCUAGGGUGUAAAGCCUUAACAGCUUUUUGACUGAGAGUGUAUUUUGGAUGUAGUAUUUAUUUUUCAUUCAAAUGAAACAGAUUUGUAAGAUUCAAGUGUAGCAUUUAAUGCUGAUGCACUUUUGUUUUUUAUUUGCACUUUGAAGGUAUGGUUCUGUUAGCCUGAAAACAUGUCACUUAGUCGUCACUGCGUUUGCACAUCUCCUGUGUUUUAGUGUGUUUAGCCAGCUAAUAAUUUGUGUGCUAUUCAGUAGACUAGGAGACAGUGCAAAUCAAGAAAACACUCCCUGAUUAUGGUCAUUAUUUUCUAUUCAAUAUAAUGUUGAAGCAAGGGUCAGUCAUAACUUAUUAUGCGUGGAAAAGUUGGAUCAAUGUGAAAAUUGUAGUAGCUUUCCACCCACCCCUUCCCCCCAACCUGUAAACAGUAAACUAAUAUCAACAUAGGGUUAUUGUUUGGUUAGGGGAGGGGUGGAUGUGUAGUUGCUUAGAAACUGAUUUUGAUCUGAAGAGUUUUUAGCCUACAUUGAGUCCAAAUAACCUCAGACCAUCAAGAAUCAGACUAGCAACAAUUCCAAGAGGUUGUGAAAUUUUUAUUUCUCUUGUGUAUGUCUUUUGGAGCACAUUAUUAAUGAAUGAGCAGUUUUAAUCCUUGAUCUUAAAAUCCUUUUUGCUUCCUUACAAAAUGAGGGGUUUUAAGAAUGUUCAAAACCAAAAGCAAAAGUGUCUAUUUAUUCAUAAACAAUAAAGAAAUUUAAUUAUUUUUCAUAGUGUAUUUCUAAAUGUUUGUAGUGCUGGAGAAGUUGUGAAGUCAAAAUAAAGUUGGCCCAGGUGUUGUAA